AUGAUAUUGACGAGGAAGAAUGGCCGUCUGAAGGAUGAGAACGAAGAUUUGGAGUAUCAACGGGACAUCGAAGAGCACGAGUAUACCACUUCCGGUGACACGACACAAACGCUGAAGAUUCGGCUCUAUCUGGUCGAUGAGACGGUGGGCGAUUGGAUGAAAAGCUUCGUCGCCGAAUGCACUUGCGAUGGCGUCGAUGUCGCUCGUGCAGUAGCUCGGUAUAUUGAUCGAGAGAGAAUGCGCUCUAGAUUCUGGGAAAACAUGGAAGAGCCCAGCGAGGAAACGUGUGAUGUGGCCUUCCAUGUCUUUGAUCGAUAUGGAAGAGUGAACCUCAAGUACAGGGACCAUCCAGUGCAAAACGGAACUGGUAUAUGGGGAAGUGAGCUUGAUAACGGCCCUCUUUUUCUGAUUGAAAUUCUUCAUAUUAAAGAUUUGGAACUACGUCGGAAAGGGCUGGGACAGAAAGUCGUGUCCUUACUUUUGAACAAGGUCGAAAAUUUCUGCCUAGGCAAGAAGGAAGACCACAGAAAGCGCUUCAGAGAUAUGUUGAGAGACGAAAAAUUCGCGAAACUUUGCGACAUUUUCGAUGAGGACUUCGAAAAAUCAUGGAAUCCACAUGCUUUAGUCAUUCCUGGAAUCCUAACAGAUGACAUCAAGUCGCAGUUAGAGGGCAAGUCCACAGAAGAACGAUUGAUUAUAAAGAGUCGAGUCGAAUCUGGUACUAUUGACUUUUGGCGAGCUUGCGGUUUUCGCCGAAUCGGAGCAUCUCGCUGUUUUGCAUUCUCGUUUGAUUUUCAGCAUCAGUCUCGCGCCCUUUCGGCGGCUUCUGAUUUCGAUCCUCGAAGGAGCCAUGCUAAAGAUCUUGAGUACGAAGAACUCGAAGUUGCCUAUGAAGCAGAUCAUUUUAUCGAACGAAAUAAAUUAAAACUGGAAAGGCUUCGUGCUAUAUUGCCGCUGCAUCAUUCAGCUCUCACUUUGACGGAUGAGUAA